GGAAUACUGUCCGGGAUGGGCCAUAGGAAGCAUUAACAUUCCUCCACUGGUAUUCCGAACAAGCCGGUAAAUUGACCACUAGCCGCAUUUUUUCGCGCCAUCUCGCCAUUUCACGGCUAUUGGUAGUGACAAAGAUCGGCAACAUCGUUAAAGAUUUUAUCCCCGACCUCCACACUGCUGACGUUAGAGACAGACACUUCACGGUUUUAUUGGAGACAAGAUCACAAGAGGCAUGGUGGAAUCCUCCCCGCCCUAUGCGACAUUUGUAGCGACAUUUGUAUGACAUUCGUAGCGUAUUCGGCAACGUUCUUUUCUGUCGUUAUCCACCAUCUCUUCAAGUUUUCUUCAAUUUGAACUCCCAAGACCAGUCUUUAAAUCAUUAUUUAUGUCUGCUUUCCUGCCUUGAAAUCCCCUCUUCUCCAGGUUGUGAUAGAAUCUCGUAAUCUAUCUUUCCAGCAUGAAAGAACAUUCCUCGAAGUCUUUGGAUAUGGGUCUCACUUUACAAGACGAACCGAAAUGCAUCCCGAUCGAUGAUUCGCCGGCGCAAGAAACCUCAGCCACUCGUCUUGGUUCGGAGCCUCUUUACGAUGAUCCACCGGAUGGAGGACUCCACGCCUGGACCCAAGCACUGAUGGCACAUCUCGUGAUAUUCAACACAUGGGGUUAUAUCGCCAGCUAUGGUGUUUUCCAAACCUACUAUACGACCGCCUUAAACCGACCUCCGUCCGAUAUCAGUUGGAUUGGCUCCAUCCAGCUCUUUUUACUCUUCUUCAUUGGCGCCGCAUCAGGUCGAGCAACCGAUGCUGGCCUUUUUCUUCCUACCAUAGCCACCGGACUGGGAUUUCAGCUGGUAGGAGUGUUUACUACCUCCCUAUGUACAGCCUAUUGGCAGGUGUUCUUGUCCCAAGGCAUCUGCCUAGGAAUCGGGCAUGGUCUACUAUUCUGUCCGGCAAUGUCUUUGAUCCCCACAUACUUUUCGAAAAAGAGAGCCUUAGCAUUGGCCAUUGCAGCCUCGGGAACGGCCACGGGGGGAAUGAUAUAUCCAACCGUCGUCCGACAGCUGCUUUCCAAGAUCGGUUAUGGAUGGACCAUCCGUGUCCUUGGAUUCAUCAUGCUCGCCGUGGGGUUAACGAUCUUAGCCUUCAUGAGGACACGACUUCCUCCAAGGAAGACUGGACCUUUGGUGGAAUGGUCUGCGUUUCGAGAACUGACCUUUGUCUUGUACAUCACUGGGAUGUUCCUUUGCUUCUGGUCCUUAUAUUUCGCCUUCUACUAUGUUGCCUCCUUCGCUCGCGACAUCAUCGGGGUGACAUAUGAAGACUCCGUCUCCCUUAUCCUUUUAAUGAAUGGGCUCUCCAUUAUCGGUCGUGUGGUUCCGGCCUAUUUUGCUGAUACCACAUUUGGCCCGCUCAAUUCCAUGAUACCAUUCGCAUUUUCUUGUGGUAUCAUGCAAUACGGUUGGUCAGGAGUUCAUUCGAGAGAGUCUACUUUUGCUUUUGCUGGGAUUUAUGGGUUGACAGCAGCUCCAGUACAGGCAUUGUUUCCGGCAGCUCUCUCAAGCCUAACGACUGAUUUGACUAAAACUGGUGCCCGUAUGGGCAUGGGUUUUACGAUCGUGUCAUUUGCAACACUCACUGGGCCUCCACUUGCUGGUGCGCUGAUCAGUCAGAAAGAUGGAGGAUAUUUAUAUGCCCAAAUGUGGGGUGGUAGCUCUUUCAUCGCAGGUUGUUUGUUCUUAAUGGCAGCCCGGAUAAGCAGGUCUGGUCUUAAAAUUUGGUAUAAGAUUUGAAUGUACACAUUGAGCCAACUAUCCAGGGCAGCUGAAAUGAAUGAUUCAAGGUUAGGACUGAACUAGCUGAAGAUUUACGGAUAUACUAGGGCUGCAUACCGGUAGCUGAUAGUCUCAACAUCUUGAAGGGACAUCCGUCGAUCCUUAGCUUGCUACUUUCGCGAGAGCUUGCCU